CCGUGCGCCAGGCCAAUGCUGCAGGAGGCAGACGGGGCAGUUGACCAGGAGCCCUCGAUCGCCAGUGUGGUCGUCCAGCCACUGCUCAAGUGGAAUCCGCCUGCGCAUUUCGACGCGCCGGAGAAGAUGCUCAACGGCGAGGAGGACAAGGAGGGGCCCGCCGGCAACCCGCAGCGGCAGGCCAGGGGCGGCCGCUCCGCUGGCCUGGAGCAGGAUAGUCAGGACCCGGAGAGCCAGAUCGAGAUCUUGGACAACCAGCCGGCAUUGAGUCUUAGGAUCAAUGCAGGCGAGCAUGCGCCGGCGGUUCAAGUACUACGUGCCACGCCUGGUCAGGCAGAUACGCUGCAGGGCCUCUGGCGCGCGGCGUGCCUGCGCGGCCUGGGGCGCCCCGCCGCCCCCGCGGCGGAGGAGACGGCGUGUGCAGCGGCGGCGAGCAGAGCGAGGACGGCGAAGCCUGGCGGGACCCGGCGAUGCAGGCGGUAAUCACCGCCGGCACGGUCAACGGGGGCGGCGGCGGUGAGCAGGACAUGUUCGCUCUGCUGCUGCUGGUGGCGCUGCUCUGCUCGACGCUGCUCUUCUUCUCCGAGAUCAUGUCGCACGACGCCGCCAGGCAAGGGAGGCACCCGGCCGCCUGGUACGCCGCGCAGUUGUUCCCGUUCGUGUUGCGCAUGAUGUCUGACACCAAGGCAUGGAGCUGACGACGCCCCUGCAGGUGCUGAAUAGGCAAGCAAAGGACCAAGAGAGAGUUGUACAGGUCUGAUAGACGCAUACAUCCACAGCUCUGAAUGCGAUUGGCGGCGAGGCUCAGUGCAGUGACUCCCGCAGUCGUCGUGUUUCAAUUCGGAACGUUGGCUCAAUAGUGGGGGAGACCAGGAAAAGG